AUGGAGUUGAUGCGGUUGACAAAUUCGGGGACGGAGGCGACGAUGAUGGCGCUCGCGGUUUCGAAAGUUUGUACACGGAGGAGCAAGAUUCUGGUUUUUGCUGGUGCGUACCACGGCGGGGCGCUCUCGUUCGCUGGAUCUGGGGGGAAGGGGAGUGAGGUGAAUGUAGGGGCGCCGCAUGAGUACCUCAUUGCUACGUAUAAUGAUUUGGGGUCUGUGCGGGCUUUGCUUCGCAGGCCGGAGGAUCGAAGUGAUGUUGCGGCGAUUAUUGUUGAGCCUAUGAUGGGGUCCGGGGGUGCGAUACCGGCGAGUGAAGAGUUUUUGAGAGGGCUGAGGGAAGUGGCGAAUGAGGUAGGGGCGGUGUUGAUUUUUGAUGAGAUUAUGACGAGUAGGAUGCAUAGGGGAGGGGGAAUUCAGUCACAGUUGCCAAUGGCGAUGAGACCAGAUUUGACGACACUGGGAAAGUAUCUGGGUGGUGGGAUGUCGUUCGGUGCCUUUGGCGGCAAGAAAUCCAUCAUGGACCUCUUCGAUCCCCGCAGGCCCGAUGCACUCGCUCAUGCUGGGACAUUCAACAAUAACGUCCUGACCAUGGCCGCCGGACGGGCAGGUCUUGAGCAGGUCUUCACGCCGGAGCGCGCCGCGCAGCUUCAUGAGAAAGGCGACGUGCUGCGUAAGCGGUUGCAAGAUGUCGGCCAAGGCACACUGCUGAAGGUGACUGGCUACGGCUCCAUCAUGUGCUUCCACUUCAUCAGCACUCCCACCGAGGACAUCAAGUCACAUAAAGAUCUCGCCGAUGCCGACUCGACGCCUGCUGAUCUGUUGCAUCUCUUCCUGCUCAAGCGAGGCUACUACAUCGCACGACGCGGCUUCGUGGCGUUGAGUCUUGCUCUCAGCGAUGCUGACUUUGAUGGCUUCGUGCAGGCUGUCGCAGACUUCGUGUGGGAGUAUCGCCAUCUGCUGGAUAAUGGGCAUCGUAGUAAGCUGUAG